AUGUCUCCAGUCGCUCGCUCAGCACCUCACGCUCCUCAAUCACGCCCUUCAGUCAUGGUCGGCAUCAUCAUCGGUUGUAUCGUCGCCCUAUACCUCGUCGUCGUUCUGUUCUACUACCUCUGUUGCUCCAUAUCCGGGACCUUCUUUGUUCAGAGAAGUAAAGAAAGGACGGUGCCCUACAGCGAGGCUCAAUAUCUUGUUGAUUUUAUAUCAGCAAGCGGAAAGCCAAGACAAUCUCCGGACCUCUACACCACGCCCGUCAUGCGCUACAGGUUUCUUUUCCGUCAAAUGUACCCCGGGCGACGCCGGUCGCCAUUUGAGUUCCGCCGUAUUGUCUGCCUCCCUCCCUCUCCGCUUCGGCACCUUCUCGCAUCUCGCUUUAUGAACGAAGAGGAAUUGCUACUCCAUGAUUCAUCGAGCAGGCAAGGACUCAAGAGCAAAGCAUCUCCUGCGGUCACUAUCAUAUGUUCUCUCGACUACAUACCGUUGUACGACGGCCCCUACCCCUUGGGAACUGUCACCUGUACGCUCGGUAAACCUAUCAAGGGAAUCUUCGGGGACGACGCUGAUGGAAAGGAGAACCAGCCUAUUCCGGAAGUUCUGAUACAGGAAGAGGGGCAAUCCGUAAUGCCACGCCGCCACUGA